AGCGAGAGCGAGCGAGCGGGGACGGGAAGGGAAAGAGAAACAGCGUCUCGGGAAGCGCGCUGGCACACGCGGUGUAGCGAAAAAUGGCGAAGACGUUUCGCGCGGUGACGGUCUCGGCUCUGUCAAACAAUGGCCAGUCCACGCCGAAGUACAACAAACCGGUCGCGCUCAAUAUCAAUUACGACCCGCAGGGCCUCAGCGUCGAGCUCGUCUCAGAUGUCGGCAGCAGGGAAAAAACGACUCUAUUGGAAUUCCCAGUGACUCCCAGUACCGAAUGCUCUCGUGUAUCGUCUCGAAGUUAUGUUUUUACACUCGAUACAGAUAGCUUACUGAUUACAUUUGCUAAUGAAACAGAUUUCCGCAAUUUUCACUCGCACAUAGUAAAACUCAAGAUGGGGAAAGGAGUGUCGGCGUUUAACGAAAGAACAGAAGAAUCCUCGGCGAUGCAGUAUUUCCAAUUUUACGGUUAUCUCUCGCAGCAGCAGAACAUGAUGCAGGAUUAUAUUAGGACCAGUACGUACCAGCGAGCGAUUCUCGGGAAUCUGUCUGAUUUCAAGGAUAAAGUUGUGCUAGACGUAGGAGCUGGUUCUGGUAUAUUAUCGUUCUUCGCCAUACAAGCCGGCGCGAAAAAGGUGUACGCCGUGGAGGCGAGCAAUAUGGCAAAUCACGCCGAGCUUCUAGUUGCAGCUAAUAAUUUAUCUGAUAAAAUAAUAGUCAUAGCCGGAAAGAUAGAAGAGAUCGAUUUACCCGAGCAAGUGGACUGUAUAGUGAGUGAGCCUAUGGGAUACAUGUUGUAUAAUGAACGAAUGCUCGAAACUUAUCUCCAUGCGAAAAAGUGGUUAAGUCCAGGCGGAAGAAUGUUUCCCUCCAGAGGUGAUCUGCAUAUCGCACCCUUCUCCGACGAAAAUCUUUACAUGGAACAAUUCAAUAAGGCCAACUUUUGGUAUCAGACAUGUUUCCACGGGGUCGAUCUCUCUGCCAUGAGAAAUAACGCCAUUAAGGAAUAUUUUAGACAACCGAUUGUCGAUACUUUUGAUAUUAGAAUAUGUAUGGCGAAAUCUGUGAGGCACAUAGUAGACUUCCAAACAGCUGAUGAGACUGAUUUACAUAAAAUAGAGAUUAAUGUCGAUUUUCACAUACUGGAGAGUGGUACGUGCCACGGUUUAGCUUUUUGGUUCGACGUAGCGUUUAUCGGAUCCACGCAACAAGUUUGGUUAAGUACUGCUCCUACAGAACCUCUCACGCACUGGUAUCAAGUGCGCUGUCUCUUAGAGAAUCCAUUGUUUUGUAAAAGCGGGCAGCUACUCUCCGGGAAAGUCAUUCUUAUAGCAAAUAAAAGACAAUCCUACGACGUAACAAUAGAACUGAAGCUCGAAGGAACGAAUCUGGAAAGCAGUAACAACACCCUAGACUUGAAAAAUCCUUACUUCCGAUACACAGGCGCCGCGGCGCAGCCGCCACCGGGUUUAAAUAACACCUCGCCCAGCGAGUCCUACUGGACGACCCUGGAUACGCAGGGCGCGCGACAGGCGGUGAACAUGGUCAAUGGAAUGUCGGUUAACGGUCUCGGGGAGGUCUCGAUGGAUACAAGCGCAACAGUAAAUCCAAAUAAUUUGCUGGCAAUAGGAGGACAACCAAACAUUCAUCCGGGCUCCAUUUCGAGUACAGGACGAGGUCGCGUCGGAGGUACGGCCACGAGCACACAAGCGGCACAAUUGAUAGGCGGUGGAAUAACUCCAAAUAUGUUUACGUCGCCCGCCACUCUUGGUGUUACUUUCCAGCAAUCGCUGGUCCUCGGCAACACUUCUCAUUAUCCAGUGAAUCCCAGCCUGAUGAUCGGUGACUACGUGACUCCUGGGAACGGCAUUACGCCGCAGGCGUAUCGGCAAUGAUCUACGGCGAAAUCGUUUCUCGCCGAGUAUUCCCGCAAAGUAAAACAAUUACAUAACAAUCGUAAUAGUUGUAGCAGUAUUGGAGACAUCGGCAGCAACAGUAAGCAAGGCCGCAAACUGGUAUUUAGCUCCCCGACCAGUAAGCUCCGACUCUCGUCCGCUGUACGAAUUUUAAGUACCGUCGACCUGGCCAAUCUCAAUUCAGACUUUAGCCACAGCAACGUCGCUUAUACAAACAAAAGUACAGCCAGUCCUGGGUUUGCGUUCGAUUGGAAUCCCGUCAGGAAUAAGUCUCAGUGGGAGGCACGUUGGAAAAGACUGCGAGCCGUCCUCUCGUAGUUGUCAUUUAGCUCUCAUACAGUCGAUUUUUCAUUUUUGGUCGUCCCUCGGAAAAGAAAUGGAAAAGAUCUUCCAGAUCGACGUGCAUGCUUGCCAAAUAUAUCCACGUGAAAAUAUAAUAUUUUUAAUGACAAUAUACAGUCGCUAUAGUAUAGGCAUCACUAUUUUACGAAGUCUUGACAUAAAUCCGUGAAACGAUAACUUAUUAAUAAAAGGAAGGAAUCGGGAAUGAUCGCGCGCGCGUCGCGCGCGAUCCGUUUGUUUUAAUUCGAAUUCAGAUGAUUUAGAACUCGACUCCAAGUACUCGAAGACAGUCAUAUUUUACUAUGCUGCGCCGUUGGCUUGGUUGGGUUUCGAUAUCAAGCGACUUUUACACGAGUUUUUAGAGUAGGAAAAAAAACCAGCGACGUUUCGAGAAACAUUUUCGAGAAGUGCAAAGAGCAAUAAUACAUAAUAGGGGCAUGUGUUGUAAAGCACUCUGUGGCAUUACCUGUUAUUCAGAUGUCUCUUGCGCUUGGGUUUUAAUCGACGUGUCUUUAUUUCGUUAGCAUGACACAAAACGCGAGGAAGUACAACUUUUUUUUUUAACGAGUAUUAGAGCUAUAUUGUCGCGUAUAUUUUAGUCCCGUGUCAAAUCCGUAAUCGAGACGUUUUAAUUGCUUGAUGGGUGUGAGGCAAUCGUUCAAUCUGUCGAUUAUGUUUCGUAAUAUAAAUUGUAUAUAUAUAUCUGAAUGUAUGACGCAAACGUAGGUCGUGGGAUACUUCAUCUAGAAAAGAGGAAACGCGACGGAUUUCAUUAAAAUCACCCCUGUAUUAUGUAUGUGACAUUGCCAUAGUAUGUAAAUGUAAUUGCAGGUUUUAUCACAAACUCACUGUACACACUGGACAGGACCGCUCGAAUGGAAUCUUAUAGGUUUAACGAUCUGUAAUUCGUAAAAUGUAGCUUUACGUUACAUUUAAUUUUUUUUUUACAUGUAUUUUAUAAGUCGCGAGAAAUGUCUGUUUUGAAAGAGUCUUUGUGAAAAAUCCAUUACGCAUGUAAUACAACAUAUUGUAGUAUUCGAGCUAUAUUAUUCACAAAUUAAAGAUAUAUACCAUAUGUUCUUUCUUCGCCGCAUUUAUAAACAUACGAUCAAAGUCAUUUUUGCGUCAAAUUUUGCAUCACGUCUACAUGUAUUUUGUAUGUUAUGAUAUUAGUAAAGUAAUCAAUGAUGAAAGAUCUUUGAAAAUGGACGUUUUUCUGCAUCGACGAUCUGUACACAUAUAAUAAGUAGUGAUACUUGGAAACACGCAUAUUCCCUGUAUUUAUAAUAGUUAUGAAGUAAAAUACACAGCUAAUGAUUUUUUCAACAUCUAACCCUUUUCACUCAUUGAUACAGCGAUCCAAAAUUCAGUCACUGCACAAUUAUUUUAACGUCUAGUGUACUUCUUAUAGUUUAAUUAAUUAAAAAACAGUCAUCACAUAUUG